CAUUCAUUGCAGUAGUGCUUUAACGUUAUGCAGUUAAUUUUCUCUGUUAACACUGUUCCUGGAUUAAUCCUAAAAUUAGUUCAUUUAUAUAUGAUCCCACAUUCUGUUACAAAUGUCAACAUUAAUUUUCUUAGCUGGCUCAUAAUCAAGUCAUUGUUUUAUUAAUUCAUCCCAGUUUGAAAUUCGAUUUCACUGCAGACGACACUGCAGCAGACGACAAACUUUAAAGUGUGAUAAUGUAUUUAUCAAGCGUUCUGUCUUCCUUAUUGUUGCUGGUUUCGUUGUUUACGUUGGUGAAAUUGACAGAGAACAGCAAUGUGGAAGCGGACUGUGUGGCAUUUAACGGCAAGAAUGUCUCCCACGGACUGAUCUACAUUCCCGGCCCUAACAUGUGUUCUAUGUGCGUCUGCUACCACAGUGAGCCGAUGUGGUGUAAAACUAUCUACUGCCCAGGGCCUCCUUGGAAAAAGUGUGCCAAGUGGGAGAACGGUUUGGAGUGUUGCGAGUUCUACUGUCUGGAAGAACGCAACCCAGGAAACUCGUCUGCGGGCUCGUUGCAUAGUCUCCUGAAACUGUUUGUGGUGCUGCCCCUCUUACUGCUGUGAUACUGUACAUUAAGAGAAUGUGUUUGAUGAGCAAGCUAACUCAGAAAUAGGCCUAAUUUUUUUGUGGGGGGAGGAGGGGUGAGGAGAAACGAUCACCACACAAGCAACAAUAUCUUUAGGUGCCACUUCCGAUUUGACUUAUACACAGUUAGCUACAGUAAAAUUAGCAUGCUUAUUAAUAACAUAAACUUCCUAUAGAAGACUAAAAGAAGUAAUUUUUCCACUUUCCCCACUGCACAGGUUUUCCUCUUUCUAAAGUCUUCAUAACUACAAACACCUAGCUUCUCAUAAAGAAAGCUUAACAGUCUUAACAUUACGGAUAGUUUGUACUUAAAUAUAAAAUAAUAACAUUCGGUUUUGAAGCAGUAAAUUAGAUGACUAUUUACUGCUUUGAAAUCGAUUUUCAUUUAGCAUUAUUUCCAUUAUUCAUUCCCUGCUUCAUAGAACAGCAAUUAAUGCAGAAUAACAGGUUUGUCAUGGAUUGUUUCAAACAUAAUAUCCUUAAGGUAGAAAAGAAGUUACUCAAUUUCUCAAAGCAACAACAAAUAACUUAUAUUUCACUUUCUUGCAUUUCAAACUAAUAAUUGUAAUACACUCACGCUAAUGUUCAAAAAAUUUUUUUAUUUUUUAAGGUACGUCUUGAAUUCCUUACAAGGCUGUUUUUAUUUAUUCAUAAAGUCUUUUGUGCUUAAAAUGUAACACACCUUAACAUAUUUUUAUUUAAAGCAGAAUAAUUACUUUAUCUCAUCUCUAAAUAUUUUGUAUAAUUUGAAAAAGCACCUUUUAUAUUUCCACUUCAAUUUACUUUUGCACUUUGACUCACCGAGAGAAUUUUUGACACGUGUUUUCUAAUAAAAAACAAACAGGCGGGAACAAACCGGCACUUUCUCAACAUGGUGCCUUCUGACGAGAAUAUCUGAGAAUUGAUUGUUGCUUUGUCAUUAAGAUACAUUAUAUUGUAACCUAUCUAGUCUUGCUCACAGUUUUUAAGUCGUGACAAAUCAUAAUGAUAGUAAGAUUACAUGUAGGCCCGACGUCUACAGAACCAACAGUUAACUAAGCCACCUUCAGUUGCUAAACUUACUGGUAAGGUUAUAUGAGUUAACAGAAAGUAAGUAAUGAGUACAAUCUCUUUUGUUGUAAUAACAGAUAAUGUCUUAUAUAUCUCAUUAUUUAUUGUGAUAAAUAGUUUUACUGUAAUACAAAAUGAGUUUUCUCAGUUGUGACAAUCAUGCCUCUCCUAUUUUUUAAAUUGCUUGCGAUACAGAGUUAUAAUAUUGACAUUAAAUGUUUUACAAGUUAUUUGGUACAUUGUUUGUUAUAUCACUUUUGUGUACAUGGAUUAAUAACCUGAAAAGUAUCUUAAGAAUGAAGUAUGUUUAUUAUUUUUAAUCUCUUAAUACUGAAUAUUAAUAUUUUUAAUUCGCAAGAUGUUUAAGGGUUCUAAGAUUAAAAAGAUAAAUUUGUACAUAAUUGUACCAGCCUGAAGAGGGCUUCAAAUUUUAACCCUGAAAGUGCUGACGUCAGUGAGCCACCCGCAAUAGUGCUAACAUCAUGCAUGCAACGGGAUGUUAGGUUGACGUUUACUGCAAACAAUAUAAUAACCAUAGUUGAUGAUUUUUCUUACAAAAUUUUAUUUAGUAUUAAAGAAGAAAAAUGGCACUAUUAAUUUAUCUACAAACAAUUUUUUUUUUCUUUCUUAAAACUCAUCUGUUGAAGUAAUUGUAUAACUUUGUCAAAUUUUUUGGGCUUUUCAGCGUGCAAAACCCUCCCAUUUUUUGUUUCUGUCCUUUUUUCCAAAAAGUAAAUUGCAAGUUUUAUAUAUGUUUGAUAGUAAUAAAUUUGUUUUUAUUUUGUAUAUUUUGGAUUGAUAUUUGAGUGAGUUUAGUAAAGUGCUUUGAUGUGUUAAUUUGAAAAAAGUAUCUAAAAACACUCAAUAACUUUUCAACAUGAAACUGUAAAUAUUGUGAUUAUUAUUUUCUUGUUCUGUAGCUAUUUCAGAAAAAACUAUUAUCAUAUCUUACACUUUGUUAAUUUUUAUGUAUUUAUUGUUUACUUUCAACAUAUGCUUGCAAAAUUCUUUAAAACGUGUAGCUCUGCAAGUAAAUAUGGUCAGCACUUUAGGGGUUAAGUAAAGCUGGAAAGAUAUUUCAAAAUUACAUAGAAAAUAUUAUAUGUGUAACCUGUGUAUGAUCUUUUUUAUGUUUGAGGGUCAUAUUUAAAAUUGUAUAUUCUUAAAAUUAGUUUAAUAAUUGCUAAAAUUAUCUCAAAAUGUAGCAAACAAACGUAAAACUUGACAUUUUAGGAAUGCUUUGUAUAAAUAUCCCCUUUGAAGCCUUUUCAAAGUACAUUUUUCACAUUACUGUAACUGUAUGGAAAAACAUUGUAUACUCACCCUAUCUCAUGUAUAGAAUGUUGAAACAGAAUCACUAUGUUAAAUUAAGAGAUUAAAAUUUAUGAUUGGGAACCUCUACAAAAUUUAAAAGAGUCUGUAAACUAAGUCCCGUUGGAUCCAUAUAAAUUAAGUGUUUGCGAGCAACUAUAAAUACAAAAAAUGAACUUGCCACAUGUUAUAAAUGUGUAUUGUUAAAGUCAUUAGACACACCACAACAUUGUAAAAUUCUAUAAAAUUGUAUUAUUUUGUGUCAUAUAAAUACUAAAUAUUCUUAAAUAUUGUACGCGUUGAUUUGAAGUCUCAAAGAAUUAUUCAAAACUGUACGAAUAUAUUUGUUGUAGAGUUUAUUGGGCUAGACUGUGUUUUCCUGAAUAUGUUCAAUACUGUAAUGCUGAUUCAUCACUACACAAUUUUGUAAGUGUUUCUACCAAUGGGCGUAUUUAGUUGAAACUGUCUCAGUUCAAAUAUAAACCAUAACUUUCCAUAGAAUAACCAUAAAUGUUCUAAAAUAAAUAGUAAUUUUAAAUUUAAGAACAAAUUUAUUUCAUAGCAAAACUUUAUUAAACGAAUGAUUAAUUCUUUGAGUGCCAAGUAUUGCAGUUCCAUUUUACUAUUAGAGUGGCAGACCACUAUAACUGGGGUUUAUGUUAUUGAUGAACUCUUUUAACAUGUUCAAUGUGGAUGACGCUUAAGUGUGUCAUCUAGGUUCCUCGCCGGCUGCUGAUGAUGCAUAAGAGUGGCAUUGCGCUCACACCCAUUUAUGGCUAAAUCAUUGGUGCUGUGUUUAGUUUGAUGAGGUUGUGGUGAUUUUCACCACAGGUUAUUUAUGUUGGCGGGGUAACCCAGUGAACAGGGGGCAGCUGAUGAGUUGUUGUGAGAGAGAGAGAGAGAGAGAGAGAGAGAGAGAGAGAGAGAGAGAGAGAGAGAGAGAGAGAGAGGUCGGGCAAAGGGCAGCGGAAAGAUAAGGUCGACAGGGGUAAUGAGUGGAAGUGGGAGUCCGGAGUAGUAGUCGUGCAGGGGCAGUCAUCGCAGUCACGUCCAGGUGGAAACCAGAGCAUGACGGUGUCCGGUGACCUGUUGGCUAUCUGCAUGGUUUUUCGAAGGGGAUGAGUAUAUUAUAGUUAUAUGUUGUUGGUUUAUUGGUUUGGUGUUUGUAGUAAUUAUUUUCUGGAUACCAAUAGGAUAAUGAUGAUGAGUGGGUAGGUUGUUAGGAUAGGUCAGGGGAGGAUGUUUGACGAGCUGCGCUGGGGGGGGGGGGUAAUUUACUAAAAAUAUGUAACGUAUGCCAAUGCUAGGGUUUGAGGGAAUAAUUUUGGUAAUUUUUUGGUGUAGGGUUAAGUGUCCUUAAUUAAUGUAGUGCGUCAAAAAAAGCUGGCUGUUCUCUCACCAAGAUCCGCCUCUGGUUACACGCUGGGACUGGUUUAGACGUGUGUUUAAAACGGUCAAGUUGAUGUCGACUAGUGUAAAUUUGGGCUGGGGCAUUACAAGGUUAAUGGUUCAUGCCAGUGCCGUAUUGGGGUUAUUGUAUGAUAAAGUGUCCUUUGUUUCUUAUUUAGUUCGUUUUGUAAUUUCAAACAUGAGUGAUAAGAAACCAUUAGAUUUUUGUAAUCACGAUUGCCUAACUCUUAGUGAAAUAGAUAGGUAUGCAAAUUAUGAAUCAGAUUCUGAUGAGUACAGUAGUGGUGACAGUUGACCUAGUGAUACGGAGUCCAGUAACAGUGAUAUCAGUAAUGACCUUAAUGAUGACCUUGAUAAGUCACUAAGUAUAAGUAAUGUUUCAUCCUGUCUGGGUGAAAAUGAAUUGCCCAGUCCUAGUGGCCUUCAAACCAUUGCAGAUUCCACACCUCCCCUAUCCCCACAAACUCCCCUACCCUUUCGAACUUCCCUACCCCCACCAAGGCAACUGGCAACACAAAGUAGGAAAAAACUUGUGUUGAAUUACAGUGGAAAGAAGUUCCUCAGAUGAAGACAUGUUUGUUUAGCCAACAGACAGGAUUAAUAGUUCCACUGCCUGGUAAAAAUACAAUAGAUUAUUUCCAACUUAUUAUUGACGGUUGCUUCUUACAUGCCAUUAUCAGGGAGACUAAUGUUUGUGGUUGACGUCUUUUUGAACGGAAAUCUAAAAUCGAAAUAAUGAAUUAAUCAUUGGGAAGACAUUACGUUGUGUGAAGACUUUCCUUGGCCUUUUAUUUUACUCUGGUAUCAUGAAGCUACCUCAGCUCCAACAGUAUUGGAUAAAAGACAAAUUGUUUCAUACCUGUUUCGGCAAAUACAUGUCAAGAGACAGGUUUUUUGUUACAUUGAGAUGUUUACAAUUAACAUCUGAAGACCAAGAUGACCGAUUGCAAAAAAUCAACCGACUCUAGAUUAUUUCAAUAACAAAAUGUCCUGUAUUUAUGCCCCUUGCAAAGAGUUAUCUUUAGAUGAAUAUAUGGUUUUAUGGAAGGGUUGAUUAGGGUUCAAAUAGUACAUAAAAAAACAAGAGACAUAAAUGUGGCAUAAAGCUGUAUGUUCUGUGGGAACCGAAUGGCCUGAUGAUGAAGUUUGCUGUUUAAACUGGUGCUAUGGACACACUUUCUGGUGAAGGGCAUUCAAAGAAAGUAAUAAUUUAUUAGAUGGAUGAAUGGCACAACAAAGGGCAUUCAAUAUAUGCAGAUAACUUUUACAAUAGUAUCGAAUUGACAAAAGCUCUUAUUGGAAAGGGUACGUACAUAACAGGAACUCUUCAAAUACACAGAGUUGAUGUUCCAAAAAAAGUAGAACAAAACUGAAGAGAGGUGAGACAGCAGCAAAGUAUCACAAUGGAAUAAUAAUAACAGUUGAGAUAAGAUGUUUUGAUAGCAUGACUGUAAGUGCGUCUUCAGCACAGAGCACAAAGCAUUUUAUUAUUUAAUGCUGUGUGCUGAUGACGCAUUUAAGCAUCAGGUUUUAUUAUUUUUUUUAUUUUUUAAAAAAAGGUAAAAUUGCAUAACUUUGUUGUUUUCCUUCAAAAGAAAUAGUUUAAAUCUCUUACUCUAAUAAAAACAUACUACAGUGCACAGCAUGUUUUAUUACAACUAGGUCAGCAUUGAACGUGUUAACUUACUGGCUUUAUGUAUACAGAAGCUUGUUCCAAAAGCUACAUGCUAAAGAAUAUUGUGAAUAGAACAGACAGGCUAGCAGAUUGUGGUAUAAAAACCACAGAGUUACUGGGGACUAAUACAACCUAUUUGCCAACGUUAGAUCAGUCUUGUUCCAUAUUGAUGAAGCCAAGAAAUGAGUGACCCCAUGAACUCGUCUUUACUGUAUAAAAAUAUAUGCUCUAGAAUCAGAAUGGUGACAAUUACGUAAAAUUUUAUGAUUUAAAACCAAAAACAAUAUUUAAAAAAUUACAAUAUUCCAAAAAAAAAAAAAACACUGAAACGUUUACUUAUACAAAUAUAAAUAGAAAAAAUGCAGACUUUUAUGAACAAAUUAUGUAUGGCAAUGCAUAAUCAAAUGAGUUUCAGUAUUCAUUUUAUAAAAUACCCUUGCAAACGUGAAAAAUUGGCCUGCUAAUAGAGGUAAUACAGUUGCCAGUUUUUGGGUUAAUGGACCGGGAAUAAGCUGGGAAUCUUCCAGUAGAACUGAAAAACAAUUUUCUAUUUCUAAGAACAAAUCAAGAAACAAUUUUACACCUCCUUGAAUCAGGAUCUGAUCAAUUUCAACACACUGCAUUUUAUUGACAUGGUUCGUGAAACUGUGAAUGAAGAUCAACAUAAUAUUUUCCUGAGUCCCAUCUGAUGCUGGUUGCCUCCACUAGUGUAGUGGAGUUUAUCUUGGUUAGUUCUACCUCUUUGUCAUGGCAAGCCCCUAAACAUGUAACAAUCCAUUCGACAGCCGAUCAUCUUGGGCCUUGGCCACUAUACAAAUGGCAAAGCGUUAGUGGCCAUGAUACAAUACAAUCAGUGUUUUUCUGUUUAAGUUGUAUGCGGUAACCAAAAUUUGUCUCCGAACGAAGUGUCCAACUGUCUUAAGUAAAAAAUAUCAUUUUGAAAAAAUUUUUGUUAGACAGAUUGUGCAGGCAUACAAUAUGUUCACCCUAUAAGCAGACAGAGAUUGGUUUGGUGAAUAUUUUUUAUCUGUUUGAUAAGAGAUUUUUUUAUUACACCAGAAUGUUAGUUGGAUUUUUACCAGACCUGAAACAACACCUUUUGGAGAAGAAAAUAAUGGGUUUGCGACAAUAAGUAAAGGCGAGAAGGGGGCGUUUGGGUCCAACAUGAUGCACAGCAAUGACAGAAUGAGCUGAGGGCUGAAGAGCAGGAGCAAAAUUGAAUUCUUUGUUUAAAGUUUGUUAUUGACGAUGGAAGAUUUGAUAGGAUAACAGGAUUUCAGACAUUUGCCACCAUUAUAUGUUACAUAAGAUAUAACACUAAAAACUUUAUUGUCUGGAAUUGGCGGCGGAUCAGUGGCACGUGUUUUUCUGUUACGCACAAUUGAUGAGACAAUGAGAAUACCUCUUUACCUAGAUUGAACUGUAUAUAUAUAUAUAUCCAUAAAUUUUUUUUGUAAAUAGAAUAUAUUCUUUAUAUCCAUACAUUAUUAUGACUGUAUAUGGAAUAUAUUCUCGUCUCUGAUGUCAAAACGAUGCAAAGAGUUCGUUUUGAGCUUCUUCGUUCUUCGUCGCUGACUAUUUUUAGAUCCCUUCAAAUGCUGCACGUAAGAGGAAGGUAAACUGGAGCUAAACUUGACAUUCGCAUUGAAUCAACACUUACUACCUUAGCUGCGUUAUGUGUUUAUCUAUGCAUCGAACUUUGUGUAGUUGUACACAAAUAUUCAUAUAUAUAUAUAUAUAUAUAUAUAUAUAUAUAUAUAUAUAUAUAUAUAUAUCCAUACAUUUUUUUUUGUAAAUAGGAUAUAUUCUAUUUAUCCAUACAUUUUUAUAUACAUGGAAUAUAUUCUCAAAGCUCAUUUUAUAAGCUACCAUUUCUAUUAUUUAAAAGAAAGUAGAGGAUAUGACUUGUAGUUUUAAAAAUGUAUUUAAUUUCCCUGAAUAUCUGAGAAUUCCUUUGAAGCAGCAUGGCAUCUUAUGAUUGUUUUUCCCAAAAGGUCAAAGUUAAAAGUACCUUGUGUACCGACAAAACGUUCUCUUGUACCAAGAGUUUGUGGACUGUAGACCUCUGACCCGCAGUGCUGGACUGGAAUCUGCCCCACAGUAGCACUGUGUUGGUAAUUGUUCAUUCUCUUUAUUUUUUCCAAAUUGGAUACAUGUAUUUUCCAAUUAUCACAGAAAGGAAAGUUAUUAGAUAUACAUGAUGUUAUAUUGACACAUUGAAGGACACAGAGAUAAAAACUAAUAAGCUUAAAAUAGGUGGUAGUGAUGAGUCAUCAUUGAAUUUCUCGUAUAUUGCUAAUGACGAAAUUUACUAGACCACAUUAGCUUCAUGGCAUUUCCUGUAAAUACAGCUAGUUACGAUAAACCUUUGUUUUUCCAUAUGGCGUAAGAGUUAAAUACAGUAUUGCAGUUGUUUAUUUAAUUUUGAAAAUGGACUAGAUAAUCAAACUUUAGACUGGGAAAACUGGGAAUUUGAAAGAUUUUGAGCGGCCACCCUGAAUUUGUACUUCUUUGUUGGUGUUAUCAAACCAACAGUUAUGAAGUUUGUUACAGCAUCGUUUUAUAAUAAUAUGUUCAUUGCUACAUUAAUUUUACAAUGUAAAAGUAUAAUUAUUUAGAGCUCAUAGAUAAAUUGAAGAUGCAGUGAAUGAAACAAUGAACUACUGCAUAGGUUUUGUUGUUUAUUUUUUGUGUUAUCACGUGAUACACAUAAUCAUAUUCAAAAUUCAUAAGUUCAAUAAAUCUGUGUGGUAUGUUGUUUAAUUCUUUUGAUGCUACACAUUUUAUUCCAUAAUAUGUUGGAACUACGGGACUAAUUAGUGAACAAUUCAUAGGUUUAAUAGGAAUGUGAUGUAACAUUUUUAUUUUUUAAAGUUUAUUAUUUUAUAGUAGAUUUUAGCCGUUGAGUUUAGCUCUGAAAAACAACUAAAUUUAUUAAUUUCUUUGAAGUACUGUUUCAAUUUUUUUAGUUUAAAAGACUUUUUAAAUGUUAAUUUAAAACUUUUUACAAAAUCUUUAAACUUAUGUAGUGAUUUUAUUUUGAAAAAUACUUGACUGCUAAGUAAACAUUUAAAUGUGUAAUAUAACAAAUUAAACAAACAAUGUUUUGAUAAAAAGACUUGAUUACCAAAUUAUACAAUAUAUAACUUAGUAAACCUCAUUGGUGCAAAUUCAAAUAGUUAACGUGUUGAAAACGUUGGGACUAUUGCAGUUACUUAUAGUUCAAACAACAUGCUGUUUGACUUUAAAUUUCACAAGAAAAACAUAUUUAAAUUUCUUUGUACGUUUAAAUGUGUGGUAACAAACAUAAAAGUCAAGUUUUAAAACAGUCAUUCAAUAUGUUGACAAUUUUUUUAAAUUUGAAACUACUUUGAUGACAGGUAUUUUUUUAAUCAAAAACGCCUACAACUAUAGCUUAAAGCAAGGGCAUUCAAAGGGUUAGGUACGCUACCAAAUUGUUAUAUAAAUAUGACCUAAGGGAAUGUAUGAGCUAGGAUACACCUUACAACACAUCCUGGGGUGGCUGACUUGGUGACUGUCUCACUUCCGUAACAACAAUAAAGUUACCAUAAUUUUAGACUGACAUUGUAACGUUACUGUUUGCUCUAAGACAUUACCAGCUCUCAAAUGUUAAAUUGUAAAUUAUGUUUUUGUAAUAAAUUGUUAUUAUUAAAUAUUAAA